CUGCCAUAUCUUUCCCCUGCGAAGCCGCUGGUGGGUUUGAACCUCUGACCUUUUGGUUAGCAGCUGAGUGCUUAACCACUGUGCCACCAGGGCUCAUUUGACUUAUUAUAGUUUCCAUAUUUUAGGUCCAGCUGUCAGGAGAGGAAAUCUAGUAGGCUGGCUUCUCUAUUCAAGCCAGGCUACAGGUAUUACAGGUUGCUGGUAAGUCAGUAGAGUGGCUGCAUUGAAUCAGGUGUCCACUCCAUGUUCAGUCAUCUGUGACCAAGUACGUGGAGGGAAGGGAAGAAAGCAGUAGCUGGUUAUCCACGAGUCUCCUUUCCAGGCUGUUGGAUCUCUAAAGGAACAUGGUAAUACAGAUUCAUGGAUAAAGAAACUAAGGUCUUCUUGGUGAUGUGACUUCCCACCAUAUGACAGUUUGUGGGCCGGCUGCAAGUUGCUUUUGAUAUUCUAAGUAGAACUGGAAAACUGAAGAUUGAAAGAGAAGUGGAACCUAGUCCAACCAUCCACCUAAUAUUUUAUGCCAACAUCCCUGCCAAGUGGUUAUCCUGCCUCUAUUCUGAUAUUUCCAGUUCUAAGGAUUUGCCAUCUGUCUAUCACCUCAGUAAAACUGAUAUAGUGCUCAGAAAUGGGACCUGCCUUUCCUGAGCAAGAUGGCCUCAUUGGGCAAAGCUGGGCUAUGUUGUUUGCCAGUGGAGGCUUCAAGGUGAAACUCUGUGAUAUUGAACAACAGCAGAUAACAAAUGCCCUGGAAAACAUCAGGAAGGAGAUGGAGUUGCUGGAGCAGUCCGGCGCCCUGAAAGGCUCUCUGGGUGCCCAAGAGCAGCUCUCUCUCAUCAGCGGCUGCUCUGACAUGCAGAAAGCAGUAGAGGGCGCCAUACACAUUCAGGAAUGUGUUCCAGAAAACCUAGAACUGAAGAAGAAGAUUUUUGUUCAGUUGGAUCCCGUCAUUGAUGAUAAAGUUGUCAUAAGCAGCUCAAGCUCUUGCCUCUUGCCUUCCAAGUUGUUUGCCGGUUUGACACACGUAAAGCAAUGCAUUGUGGCUCAUCCAGUAAAUCCACCCUACUAUGUCCCAUUGGUUGAGCUGGUUCCACACCCGGAAACAGACCCUUCAACCGUGGACAGAACACAUGCCCUGAUGAAGAAGAUAGGGCAGACUCCGAUCAGAAUCCAGAAAGAGAUCGACGGCUUUGCCCUGAACCGGAUCCAGUACGCGAUCAUCAGUGAGGCCUGGAGGCUCGUGGACGAGGGAGUAGUGUCUCCCAGUGACCUGGACCUUGUCAUGUCAGAUGGACUGGGGAUGCGGUAUGCAUUCGUUGGGCCCCUGGAGACAAUGCAUCUCAAUGCAGAAGGCAUGCUGAGCUACUGUGACAGAUACAGUGAAAGCAUGAGACAUGUCCUAAAGACUUUUGGACCCAUCCCAGAGUUUUCUGGGGCGACAGUUCAAAAAGUUAAUCAGGCCAUGUGUGAGAAGGUUCCUGAUGACCCCCAGCACUUGGCUGCCAGAAGGAAGUGGCGGGACCAAUGCCUCUUGAGACUCUACAAGUUGAAACGUGAGAUGCCAUCCGAGUGAAGUUCCUGGAAUGCUCUUAUCACUCCUUCCAGUGAAAGUCCUAGUUGAAGAAUUAUAAGCUCUUAAUCAAAUCUCUCUAAAGCAAUGAGAAGCCACAGUGGUGCUUAGCAUGAAAAUUCUGCAUUUGAUUUCCCAUGUUUAGCUGGCUUAUACAGUAAAGGCUGAUGGUUGUCCAGUGACACUGGAUUAUGGACCUGGACUGGAUGCGAGCUGUGCGGUGACAGUAGCAUUGGGGCUCUGGGCCUGCUACCCCGCAAGGGAGAAAGCAUACAGUGUGAAGAUUUUCACCCUUAGAGCAACAUUUUAUAUCUAAUUAUUGUAGCUUCAUUUUAUUUUUAUCUGUUUUAAUCUAGCAAAAUAUUCUUAUAAUUUUUUUCCAAUCCUUCCUAAGUACUCUGUGGCCCUGCAUUUAUGAGGCAACCACCUUCAUUUUGCUAAUGCUUGUUCUGAAUAAAAGUUUUUGAUUCUAUAAAGAUGUCACCUUUUUCCUGAUCUGACAAUGACAGCAUUUGACCUUGAUCUACAUAUUUUAGAGUGACCAUGAUUAUUGAGUAAUACACAAAUCCUUUGCUCUGGGUCCUUCAUCUGUUACUCAGUAAAAACCCACUAGUUUGGGCUAGUGUUUCCCAAAGUGGGUUCCAUAGUACCCUAGUUGCUCUCUGGUCAGUAUGUUUGGGAAACACUAUCACCAUUCCCUGUCCAGUCCUCAGAGACUCACAUGUAUAGUAGCAAAUUAAAGGCUCCAUCAUUCUACAGUAAAGAUGCCUCCUUAACUUUGUUUACCUCAACAUUCCAUUAACUUAUUUGACAUC